CACGAGAGCAAUCCGCGUAUUUGUGUGUCGUAUAGGCCAGGGAUGUGAGCGAGGGGCGACGAUAAUGGGGAAUAACCGGGACCCCGGUGCUCUGGAGUGGACACAACGACUGGACGGUGAUCAUAAAGGGGGUUAACGUGAAGGUCAGCCAUCUCUAGAGUGUUCAAAAACAGAUUGAUGGAUUUUAUUGGGCUAAAUGAUAGAUUGAUUGUCACUGGAGACGCUGAGGCAAGACAGUGAUUAGAGCUGCUCAUAUAACCAUACUGGAAACGAUUUACCCAUUUCAAUGGCGUUACCAUCGACCCAGAGCAAAACAGGUCACCCGGACCCAGGACUAACGCGGGUUCACCGGGUGUGAAGCGCUCAAUCUGUCGUUUUUCCGGCGAUGUCCGCGUCUUGCCUCGACCUGCGCAGCGCGAUUUCAGCACCACCGCAGCUGGACAGCGACCGCAUGGAACUCGCGCUCGAUCCCGGCCGUCAAAGCUCGCCAGACACCGGGGAAUAUCAGACCCUCACGCUGAUACACACCGCGCCCGGGGGGCUCGGCAUGGCUUUGGAGGAGGAGCUGGCCAUGCUCACCGGGGAACGGGAGGACGAUCUGGAGGUAUCCGCCUCAGAGACACCUGUGAGCGGACAGGACUCUGAUCUACUGUCGCUCUUCCGGCAGAAAGAAAAGGACUUGGUCCUCGCUGCUAAACUGGGGAAAGCUCUACUUGAAAGAAACCAAGACCUCACAAAGCAAUAUGACAGAAUUACCAAGGAUUUAAACGACAAACUGGAGCUCCUGGAGCAGGAGAAACAUGAGCUGCGUCGUCGUUUGGAGAGUCGCGAGGGGGAAUGGGAAGGCCGGGUGGCUGAACUGGAGACAGAUGUGCAACACCUGCAGGGGGAGCUGGAGAGACAUCAGGUGCAGCUGCGUGAGGCCGACCGGGACAAGAGCCGGGCCAUCAGCGAGCUGUCAGAACAGAACCAUCGGCUGCUGGAGCAGCUCAGCAGGGAUGUAGUGCUAACAGUUUGCAAUGGGUCAGAAGAGGGAAAAACACUUGAUGAUGAUGAUGAUGAAGGAUGGCUGUAG